AUGAUAGAAGGGAAAAACUUUAAAAAAUACGCGCCUCAUAAUGUUUUAACAAUCGAAAACAAUCCUAUAAUGUUCGAAUAUUCUAUUUGUUUAAAACUUUACGGUAAAGAAUCAGUUUUUCAAGUUACAAAAGAUGAAAAUGCAUUUAGAGAAAACGGUUUAAUUGGAAUGAAUUUACUUUACGAUCAAAAAUUUAAAAUGGAUUUACAAAAAGGUAUUUUAAAAUUAGGACCUAAAAUACUUUAUCCGCAAUCUAGUGCAAACAAGAGAGAUAAAAUCUGUUUUACUAAUUUUAAAGGAAGAUAUUCAGCAAUUACAAAAUAUGAUUAUGAAAUUAUUUAUAAGAAAGGAAUUGCUAACACAAACGCUGACGCCUUAUCGCGAAUUCCAAGGGUUCAGAUGACAACAGAUGGUACAAAUGACACGUUAGAACAGCAGAACUGGCCUACUACAGGUGUAAACGAAAAAAAUAAGAACAUGGAAAUAGAUACGCAAACAGAAGACGACAAUUCAAUAAUUGAUGACGAAAAUAAAAACGAAAAUAUGGAAAUAGAUUCACAAACAGAAGAAAGUGAUCAUAAAAUAAUUAAAGAUGAAUUCAAAGUAAUAAAGAAUAUAAAAUUGACUACAGAUACUAAAGAAGUACAAUGGAUAAGAGAUAUACCUCAAAAUGAAAAUGAUGACGCGAAUAAAAUGCGAUUAAAAAGAAACAAAAUAGAAGAAACCGGACAGUUAAUCAUAAGACGAGAAUUUGGACCGACAAGGAUAAAAGAAAUUUGGAUCACGAAAGAAAAAACAGAAGAAGAUGACAAAAUAAAAAUUAGUCCUCAGGUGACAAAUCAGCAAUUAACAGAAUUUUUAGAAAAAGAAACUAGAGAAGAAAGAUUAAGAAUUAUUUACGAAGAUAUAGAUGAAAACAAAAUAUCAAGAAUUCUUUGUAAAAUAUGGAAAGGCGGUGAUAAGGAAAUAUAUUUGAUAAAGAAACACAUUGAAAGAAAUAGAAGAAAAAUUAUAGCAGAAGCACAUAAAGGAAUAUUAGGAGGACACUAUUCUAAGGAUAUUACAGUACAGAAGAUAAGAAAUAUGACAAACUGGCCCAACAUUACAAAAGAUGUUGAAGACUUUAUCAAAACAUGUGAUUUAUGUCAACGAUUAAAAUAAAUGGAAGCAAUCAGAAAUAGCACAAUUAAACGAAAUACCUUAAAUAGAUAAUGAUAACGCAAAUGAAAUACGAUUAAAGAGAUGUAAAGUAGUACAAAGAAAAGGAUAGUUAAUUUUACGACGAAAAUUUGAACGUACAAGGAUAAAAGAAAUAUUGAUUACAAAUAUACAAACAUAGAAGAAAACAAAGUAUAAAUAAUAUUAUGACGAAUCGGAUAAUUAUGACGAAAUGAACCAAUAGGAUAAUAAUAUGACGACUCGGAUAUUUAAGUAGGACUGAAUGAUAAACUAUGAAUCAAUAAGAAAAAUAUAUAACGAAAUGAAUCAAAAAGGUAUCAAGAAUAUUAUGACGAAUAGGACAUU